AUGUCCCAGUCUAACGCUACGCUGGACUGGGACUCCGUUUUAAUCGACGGAUCGUUCUGCAUCACUGAAAGGCUUGACAUCGCUGGUGUUGCUGUUUAUCUUUGUUACUUGAUCCUGUCGGGCAUUAUGACAUUGCCCAACAGCAUGGGAGCGAUUGUUGAUCAUCUUGCCGAUGAAGAUGACGCUGAUGCUUGUGAUGAGAGGCACGUGAAUUAUGCGAAAGGAGCGCAGUAUUGGACGCAGUGUGAUCCGACAGUGGAUGCUAUGUUGGGAGGUUUUAGUAAAUUGUCUCAACUUGAUAUUUCUGCCUCGCAGCAAUUCAUGGCAACAUUGUACAAGCUUGAAGACCCUCCAGGAAAAGACAGAGCUGUUGACUGUGGCGCUGGGAUCGGCAGAAUUACGGAGCUUUUUUUGCAGCAUCGAUUUAAGAAAGUUGAUCUUGUGGAGCAAUGCGAAAAAUUCUUGAACAAGGCGAAAGAGAAGCUCCAAAAAUCUGCAACCGUGGGUGAUUUCAUUUGCUGUGGAUUACAAGAUUUCAACCCAUCUCCGGAUACAUAUGACAUCGUUUGGACUCAGUGGGUGUUAUCUCAUCUUACGGACAAAGAUCUCGUCAAUUACUUGCGGCGGUGCACGUCAAGUUUGAAGCCGAAUGGGGUGUUAGUCUUGAAAGAAAACGUCACCAGAGAUGAUGAGCAGGAAGUGGACGAAACAGAUGGUUCU